AUGGCUACAGAAGUCAAGCGAGUGCCCAUCCCUCGUCGCGGUGUCGACUAUCGGGGCAAGGUUGUCCUUGCACCCAUGGUGCGUUCGGGAGAGCUUCCUUCAAGACUUUUGGCGCUCAAGUAUGGCGCAGAUCUUGUCUGGGGACCAGAGACUGUUGAUUAUUCCAUGAUUGGAACCUCUCGACGCUUCGAUGAAGAGUCUAAGACAGUAGAGUGGUUCCGUACUUCUUCUCAUGGGCAGAAAGAUCCACCUCCUGAUGCCAAGGAGAGCAUCAUUUAUAGAUUGCACCCCGAACUUGAAAAGGACAAACUCAUCUUUCAGAUCGGCACCGCAGACCCUGAUCGCGCCGUGGAAGCAGCCAGGCUGGUAGCCGCAGAUGUUGCCGGCAUCGAUGUCAAUGCUGGCUGCCCAAAACCUUUCAGCACCAGCGGAGGUAUGGGCGCUGCCCUUCUCCAGACUCCUGACAAGCUCUGUGCCAUUCUUGAGGCUCUCGUGAAGAACAUCACCCCUGAAUUUGAGAUCGGAAUCAGUGUCAAGAUCAGGCUUCUCGACACUGCUGCGGAAACAGAGGCUCUCGUCCGUCGUCUUUGCGCCACCGGUAUCACAGGACUGACCAUCCAUUGCCGUACGACACCCAUGCGACCCAGAGAACGAGCCAUCCGUGGGCAGCUCAGGAUGAUCGCAGAAGUCUGCCAUGAGUUUGGUGUCGCCUGUUUGGUGAAUGGAGAUGUCGAGGGGAGGGACCACGGUCUUCAGCUCGCUGAAGAAUUUGGGGCAGAUGGUGCAAUGAUUGCAGUCGCUGCCGAGAAGAACCCGAGUUGCUUCAGGAGCAAGGCCGAUGGUGGUAUGGCACCUUGGGAAGAAGUUGUCAAACAAUACGUCAAGACUUCUAUUGAAGUCGACAAUCGCUUCGGCAACACAAAGUUCCUCCUCUCAAACAUGAUUCCCGGAAAAUCAAAGUUUUACCAACCCGUCAACCAGUCCAAGACCUACAAGAGCAUUUGCGAAGCGUUAUGUCUCGACGAUUAUCUUGAAGCCGCCAUUGCUGUUGACAAAAGGCGUGGCCUCGGCCAACCUCUACAGGGAAAGGCCGCAAAGAAGGCGGCAGCUAAGGCAUUGGCUGCUGCCAACGCACAGUCACCCAAAUCAGAGCAAGGAAAGGAACAGAAGCGUAAGAGGAAGAUGUCUGACAGUAGACCUGCGAAGCAGGUUAAGGCCUCUGAGCCUACACCAGUCGCAGCAACUCUUUAG